AUGGGCGGCAGACGAAGUGGUGAUGGUGCAACGGGAGUCAAGCCCUCCGGGCUGCCAGCAGCCGUCGCAGCAUCGGCGAAGACCGAUGCGUGGAUGGACGCGCUCUGGGAGAUCCACUGCGGCACCCCCCUCGCCGGAGCUGUGCGCUACACCGACGCCAUUGUCGAGACCAUGUGGGAGGUGUUUCAACCGCUCCUUAGCGAGCUGGAUGUGUACCCGCUCGCCAUUGCCGAUGUGCAGCCGGAGACGGUGACGGCGGCGACAGCCGCCACGGUGCCCUUCACGGACUUUAUCGUUCUCCGUCUUAUCGAGCCUACAACGCCUGUCAGACACGGGCACAGACACCGCGGUGGUGACCAUGGGGACGUGGAGGAGGACCCCCAAAACGAGUUUGGCAACGCCUUGACCGCGGUAAUGCGGACCGCGCUACUCGAGCAGCCGUGCAUCGUGCUCGCCCUCGUGGAGUUCUUCACCGCCGUGUGGCUGUACCAGUACGAAGCACGGAAGCUGAGCACGUCGCAGACUGGGCAGCACGGCAAGCAACGCCAAGGCGACGGCGGUGCACAACGCGUAAGGUCUCCUAUAGUAGCAUCAGCGGCGUCGCGGGCACCGGCGCUUCGCCGCGUAUAUGCGGCCGUGAGCGGUGAUGUGCGCCACGCAACGCCGUUCGACCACCUCGGCGCUGCACAGCUUGGGCGCGUGCUGACGAUCAGAGGAACGGUCGUCCGCAUGAGUCCGGCGCGCAUCUCGUGUGUGUGUAUGUCGUACCGCUGCGGUCACUGCGGCGUCGUGAAGAAGCAAGCGGCCCAAGACGGUGUGCUCACCUACCCGGGCCCGUGCGCGAGCGCGCGCUGCCGCGGCUACAAGUGGACUCCGCUAACGGACCAGGCGGUAUGCGAGGAGGUGCAGCUGCUUCGGCUGCAAGAGCACACGACCUUCUUCGACGCGUCCUCAUCGCCGGCCUCGCCUCGCGACGGCAGCGGCGCCACUCAGCAACACGGCGGUGGUAGCAAUAGAGGCAACACUGGCGGCAGCGGCAGCCAGCGCAUGGGCAGUGGCGGCAUGCAUGUCAUGAUCGAGGUGGAGCUGCGGACCCCGUGGCUCGACGCCGUCACGGUGGGCGACUGCGUCUGCGUGUGUGGCGUCUUAGAGACGCGGCGGGGUGAGGGUAAGCAAGGCGGCGGCAUGCAGCAGGUGUGCCUGCGCGCCAGGGCGGUGCGAAGUCUGCGCAGCCAGGAAACCUCUGCCAGCUCGCCCUCCUUGAGCAACAUUGCAGCUCUGCAGCGCCGCCAACGCGAUGGAGCGCUCCUCUCCGCAACUAUGGGUCCCGGUAGCUGCCGCGACGGCCCUUGGCGGCUGGCGCACGGCGGCGGUGCCGCCAUGUUCGCGGAUGGCACCAGCACUGGUGAUGCUAUGCGCGGCGACGGCGAAGGGGAAGCGGACGGCGAGCUGAUGCUUGGCACUACCGCACAGCUCGGCGGUGUUGGACCCACGGCCAUCACGGCGCUGCCGUCUGGCGCCCGUGUCUCCUUCUCCUCCGGGUUCGACACCUGGUCUGCCGAGGAGACGGGGCGCUUCUACGAAGUUGCGCGCCACCCGCAGUGGUUUGCGCGGCUGACGGCCUCAGUGGCGCCGUCGAUCUUCGGCAUGGAGCUGGUGAAGCAGGCUCUGCUGCUCUCCAUUGUCGGCGGCAACCGUGAUAAGAAUGGCGGUGAGACGCGCAGCAGCAUUCACGUCCUGCUUGUCGGCGAUCCAGGGCUUGGCAAGUCGCAGCUGCUUCGCGCGGCCUGCGCUGUAGCGCCGCGCAGUGCGUUUGUGUGCGCGCACACAUCGUCGUCUUGCGGCCUCACCAUGACGCUGACGCGGGACCCCGUGUCGGGCGAGACGACGUUCGAGGCCGGCGCCGUCGUGCACGGCGACGGCGGCAUCACGUGUCUCGACGAAAUCGACAAGGGCGUGCAGGAGCACAAGGCGCUGCUGGAGGUGAUGGAGCAGGAGACGGUGAGCCUCGCCAAGGCCGGCAUGAUAUUCUCCAUGCCGGUGCGCACCUCUAUACUGGCUGCCGGCAACCCCAUCGGCGGCCGCUUCGACGUGCGCAAGUCCCUCGCCGCCAACGUGAACCUCUCCCCGGCGCUGCUCAGUCGCUUCGACAUCAUCGCGUGUCUGCGCAACCCUCACGGGAGCAGCGGCAACGCACAGCAGGCGCUGACGGACCACGUCCUCCAGUGGCAUCGCCGUGCCCCCGCGGGUGGGGAUGGCGGUGAGGGCUGCAACGGUGGCGGGCGGGGCCGCGGGCACGGCGCUGGUCCUCUGCCGCUCCCGCUCGUGCAGCGCUUCCUCCUCUUCUGCCGCUCGCAGUGCCAGCCAACGCUCUGUCGUGAGGCGUGCGACGUCCUGCAGACGCACUACCUCGCGCAGCGUCAGCACCUGCCUCAACCACAGUACGGGUUCGAGCACGGCGCCACGGCUAGCUGUGCGGGUAGUGCGGCAGGUCACCUCUCAGAUUCUGGCAGCGUCUCGGGGCCACUUCCCAGAGCUGCCAUGGGACUCGAAGCUACCGUGACCCCGCGUUACCUGCAGGCUCUCAUUCGCGUCGCCGAGGCGCGAGCGAAGCUGGAGCUGCGCCACGUGGUCACCCGAGAAGAUGCCGAGUACGCGGUGCAGCUGCUACAGUCGUGUCUGCAUUCGUUCGACGGUCUUGCCGCGUCGGGCUCAGCCGCGAUCGGCGCCACAGCAGGCUCAGCGGAUGUCGGAGCAGGCAGGAGGCCCACAACGCUCAACCAACGUGAUGCCGUGCUACAACGACUCAAGCUCGCCAUCGUGGAGGAGAACAGCGGCGUCAACCUGUUCACAGAGCAGGCAAUCCUGGACGUGUGCGAAUCCGUCGGCUGCCGCAGCGCCACGGCGAUGCUCCGCCAGCUGAAUGAGCAUGGCUUUCUCUUGCAGAAAGGUGGCAGUAAGUACUGCCUCCGAGGGUGCUGA